CAAUUCACAGACAAAGCAUGGAGGACAACGAUCCAGCUAGUCUGUGUGGAGGAUACAGCGAUCAGGAUAAUUCUUAGCUCUUGUGGAAACCAGGAGGACAUGGUGAAAGAUCUUGUGAAAUUCCCCCAGGAGCAGUGGGCCAGCACGAAGCCUAAGCACCAUAAAGACUCGCGGUGAAGCCAGGAUGCUCGCCGAAGCUGUCUCAUUGCUCCUGCUUGUGGCUGGCAUCCGCUCGGUGUCCGGAGGAGGUGCUGGAGGCGGAGGAUAUGCUCAAGUGAAAUACAUGCAGCCCAUGGUGAAAGGGCCCCUGGGACCCCCAUUCCGGGAAGGCAAAGGGCAGUAUCUCGACAUGCCACCGCUCCUGCCGAUGGAUCUCAAAGGGGAGCCAGGCCCCCCAGGAAAGCCAGGACCAAGAGGACCUCCAGGCCCCCCAGGCUAUCCAGGAAAACCAGGCACUGGGAAACCCGGACUUCAUGGCCAGCCAGGCCCUGCUGGGCCCCCUGGAUUUUCUGGUGUUGGCAAACCAGGUAUCCCAGGGCUUCCAGGAAAGGCAGGUAUGAAAGGGAUGCCCGGCCUCAAAGGUGAACCCGGCAUGAGAGGUGAGCAAGGCCAGAGAGGAUUACCUGGCCCGCCAGGAUUGCCUGGGCCAGCAGGCAUCUCAAUCAAUGGGAAACCAGGCAUGCAGGGCACUCCAGGCCUACCAGGAUUUAGGGGUGAGCCUGGCCCAAAAGGGGAGCCAGGGCCUCGGGGGGAGCGUGGCUUAAAGGGUGAAAAUGGUGUUGGGAAGCCAGGGUUUCCAGGUCCCAGAGGAAAUGGAGGGCCCCCUGGCCCCGCUGGGCCUCCAGGGCCAAACGGCAUUGGGAAACCAGGGUUUGAUGGCUUACCAGGUGCUCCAGGGGAGAAAGGCGAGAUGGGUCCAUUUGGAGCCCCUGGGAUCAAUGGGGAACCUGGGCCGAUGGGUCCACGGGGUCCACCAGGCAUUGAUGGAAUAGGCAUCCCAGGGGUCGGAGGGGUUCCGGGUAUGCAAGGCCCUGUGGGGCCAAAGGGAGAACCCGGUAUCCGUGGCCUUCCCGGUUUACCUGGGCCUGCAGGCUAUGGGAAACCGGGUCUGCCAGGCUUAAAAGGAGAUCGUGGGCAACCUGGGGUCCCAGGAGCCAUUGGCGACAAAGGGGAACCAGGCAUAGAUGGGGAAGCAGGUGAGCAGGGCCCUCAGGGUGUCACUGGAGCCCCAGGGAUGCCGGGCUCCAUGGGCUUGCCGGGCAAAUAUGGGCUGCCAGGCCUCAAAGGUGAGGUUGGGUUACCUGGGCCCCCAGGAAUACCAGGGAUGCGUGGAGACCAAGGGCCAAAUGGUUUUGCAGGGAAACCAGGGGUGCCUGGAGAGAGAGGUCUGCCUGGGUCACAUGGACCCCCUGGCCCCACAGGCCCAAAAGGAGAACCAGGCUUCACAGGGGUUCCUGGAGUGCCAGGGUUAACAGGUAGCCUGGGACCAAAGGGGGAUGUAGGAAUUCCAGGCCAGCCAGGCCUGAGGGGCCCAUCUGGUAUUCCAGGCCUACAAGGCCCUUCUGGUCCCAUGGGGCCACAGGGCUUACCAGGGCUGAAAGGGGAACCUGGCCUCCCAGGCCCUCCAGGUGUGGGGAAGGUAGGGGAGCCUGGCAUUACAGGACCCAUUGGCCCACCAGGAAUACCAGGGACACGUGGAUUAAACGGCCCCCCAGGACCACCAGGGCCGCCUGGUCCCCCCGGGGCACCAGGGGUGUUCGACGAGACAGGCAUUGCUGGGCUGCACUUGCCAGAUGGAGGCGUGGAAGGAGCGGUGUUAGGGAAUGGCAAGCCUGGGAAGCCACAGUAUGGCAGAGGGGAGCUCUCUGCCCGGAUAGCACCCGCUUUCACGGCCAUCCUGACCUCCCCAUUCCCAGCCUCUGGCAUGCCAGUCAAAUUCGACAGGACUUUGUAUAACGGGCACAACGGCUACAAUCCAGCCACUGGGAUAUUCACCUGCCCCAUCUCCGGCAUCUAUUACUUUGCCUAUCACGUGCACGUCAAAGGGACUAAUGUUUGGGUGGCGCUUUAUAAGAACAAUGUGCCCGCCACAUACACCUACGAUGAGUACAAAAAAGGCUACCUGGAUCAAGCCUCAGGCAGCGCAGUGCUCGAACUCAAAGAGAAUGACCAAGUCUGGGUCCAAAUGCCCUCGGACCAAGCCAAUGGGCUGUACUCCACAGAAUACAUCCACUCCUCCUUCUCCGGCUUCCUGCUUUGCCCCACAUAACAGCUGUUGGGUGUGUUUCCUUUUUACCCACUUUAGCCAUAAACUGUCUUGUUUUUUUAAUAAUUUUUUUUAAAAAAUAAAAGAAAUACAAAAAAGAAAAAUCACUGGGAAGAAUGCGCAAGUCAUUGGCACAGGAUCUCGCUUCACAUUGUUCAC